UACCGCUGCACACGCAGUUAGCGGCCAGCCCGGAGUCUGCGCGCUGUGGUCCCGAAGCCCCGCACGUCCCGAAUCUCAGCCAUGGCGGGGAAACGAGCCUUAGUGAUCCUUUCUAAAGGCGCGGAGGAGAUGGAGACCGUAAUUCCUGUGGACAUCAUGCGCAGAGCCGGGAUUGCUGUGACGGUGGCGGGGUUGACCAGCAAGGAGCCGGUCCAGUGCAGCAGGAACGUGGUCAUCUGUCCUGAUGCCAGCCUGGAAGAAGCCAGGAAACAGGGCCCGUACGAUGUGGUCCUCCUGCCGGGGGGGAUGCCAGGCGCCCAGAAUCUAGCCGAGUCGCCUGCUGUGAAGGAGGUGCUGAAGGACCAGGAUGGCAGGAAAGGCUUGAUCGCCGCCAUCUGUGCAGGUCCCACGGCUCUCCUGGCCCAUGGCAUCGGAUACGGCAGCACCGUCACAACCCACCCCGCCAUGAAGGACAAGAUGAUGGCCGGAGACCACUAUAAAUAUUCAGAGGCUCGAGUGCAGAAGGACGGCCAUUACAUCACCAGCCGUGGGCCGGGGACCAGCUUUGAGUUUGCCCUGAGCAUCGUGGAGGAGCUGCUGGGGGCCGAGGUGGCCAGCCAAGUCAGAGCACCUCUGGUCAUGAAGGAUUAAGGAGCGCAGCACCGUCAGCCAUACAUACACCCCCAGCCUGCCAUGCCCUGAUGUCUGAUGCACUGGCGUGCGCUGCGGCUGAGCGCCAGGGGGCAGUACAGCCCGCCUUGUGUUGAACGCUGGAGAAUCUGCAGCGCUGACUCGCCCCCCUCCGCCGCCCCCCCCAGGCCGUUACACGUCUGUAGCUGCGCCCUUGGUGCAGAUUUGAACAUGUCUGUGUGUGUGUGUCUUUCUCCCAGGCUGGUCCCUCAUUAAAAGUUGACGCGCUG